AUGCCGAACUUUUUCUUCCAGGGAGCCAGGGAUAUCUUCAGUAACGUCCGUCAGGACGCCGCACAGUCCACACAAAGAUUCAAGGAGACAGGAAGAUUUGCUGAGAUCUAUGCCGGUAUAGAGCGAUCUCAGGAGAUGGCGAUGUUGCGAAGUAUCGAUGCACUUCGGGAGCAGGUGCCACCUGGUGCCACACGUGAAAUUCUUUUCAGCUUGUUGCGUCGUGCCGCCCUGUCGAGUUCGCAGUUGGGAAGUGCCUUGUACGACUUUGCACUGCGUUUGCAGGCCAAAGAGCCCGCCCGACAUCGCGAGGAUGUUGUGGAGAUCCUUGAUGAACUUUGGGCUUUGGAUGAGGGACGCUGUGCAGUCAGUGCCAGGCGUCCGGGAGAAGGUGGACGAAGACCCUGGCUGGAUGCGGAUGCUGAUAUUCUUUUGGAUGAGCAGGUCCCAGCGCUACGGACCACUCUGGCCGAGUGUGCCAAGAGGCCUCUCUUCGCUUUUGUGGCUCCAGAGAUCUUAGCUCGUCCAACUUUCCUGACUUUGGUCAGGAUCUUCGAUGUUUUUCAGCCUGCAGAAGCCAGUCAAGCAAAUGGCAGAGGUACACCGGGUCCAUAUAGCCCGGUGGAGUUCAGUGCAAUCGAUGAAUUUCUGGAACAGGUGACGCGCACCUCAGUCAUGCGUCGCGCCUUUCGCCAUAUCACAAAGACUUUGCCAAUUGUUCUGACAAGACAAUGGAAGGAAGUCUUGUUCAAGCUGUGGUUUCAACGGCGCGAUGGCAAGCCUUGUGUCUUCGAGCAUGUGUUCUUGGGCAACUUGACGGAAGAUAUCUCCGGACAACCCGUGGCCGGUGGGUUUCACUCGUGGCUCAAGUUUUACCUCGAAGAGGUCAGAGGCACAGCGAGAUAUCUGGGAUACAUCUACAACAACGCUGAAGCAGGUCCGGUGAACAGCAGGUAUGUGUCUGGGAAGUUCGUGUGGGACUAUGACGGUCACAAACUUGUGAAGGACCAAGGCGGCUUUUUCAUAGGAACCUCGCCCGAGUGGCAACUGGCAGUUGGGACUGUGGCAUAUUUUGAAACCUCCACACCCGGUAUGGCAAGGCAGAAUGGUUGGAUCCCCUGGAGCGGUGCUUACGAUGAAGGUUACACCAAGGAGACCACCAUGCAUGGUCAGCGCUACAGACAUGUGCUGUGUCGAAGUGGCCAUUCCAAUAAUCUGCAAGAUGUCAAAGACGUCUUAGUCGAAGACAGCGGACGUUUGGUGACUUCCUAUGCGAUUUAUCUGGGCCCAGAAGUACAGAAGGAUACUUUGGGACUCGAUCAGAUUUGCACCAGUGCGGAGCUGGCGCAACAGUUGCCCCGCUGGGUGGUGGAAGAUGGCAUCGCGGCGUAUGAGGAAGGUCAGCUGUGCCAGGAAUGUGUUCGCUUCUGCGUGGCACGUGGCUGCCGUUCCGUCUCAGAAGCCCUGGUGGCCCUGCGGGAGGCAUUGGUCUUCGACUUGGAGGAUGCCGUGGCGGCAGCCAAAGAGGGCUAUCCGCGCAUUCUCGCGUUGGUGCAGGAUACCCUGGAGGUAAUUCCAGUUCUCCUGCGCCACGCAGACAACUUGAGUCACCACCUGCCAAGUCUGUUGGAAGAGUUGCGCGCACAGGGCCGACGAGGGCCACGCCUCCAUCAGCCGAUCCGUUUGCUGCUCACGGGCCGUGCGGAUGGCGCACCCAUCAGCGAUUUGGUGCAGCUACUGGAGCUGGCGCAAUGGGAAGGUGGAGAUGCAGCCGGGGUCCGAUUGAACGAUCGGAUUGCGUUGGUUCGUCAGAUAUUUUCCGAGCCACCUUUCGAAGCGCCGUCUCGAUCCGGAUCCGGCGUUGCUUCAGCCACCAAAACCGUGUCCUCCAUUGCCUUUGUGAACUGA